AUGAUGCUGGCGGCGAACCUGCACGCGCCUGAGAUAGCCGGCCAGCAUCUACCUGCGAUCUUCGAACACAGCAGCGAGGGUCUCAUCUACGCCAUCGUGCGCGUGACGGACGCAGACGAGGGACAGCACGGCGAGAUCGCCUCCCUGGAGAUCAUCAACGGUGACCCGGACAGGAACUUUGUGAUCCGACCAGGCACGCAGCCGGGAGAGUACAACAUACAGGUGGCGCGCACGCUCGACAGGGAAGCCAUGCCAUUCGGUUACAACCUCACGCUGCUGGCGACGGAUCGCGGCUACCCACCCAGGAGCGGCACCGCCACCGUGCGCGUCGCCGUCGGCGACUACAACGACAACGCGCCCGCGUUCGUGACCGCCGACGGGGCGCCGACGGUCGCCGUCGAAGUGUCGGUCGUCGAGGACGCGGCUGCGGGGGCGCCGGUGUACACGGCGCGCGCGCUCGACGCGGACGCCGGCGAGAACGGCUACGUCUCCUACGCUCUCGCCGAUUCCGACUCGGAUUCCGACGUCCCGUUCGCGAUCGAUCACUUCACGGGCGUCCUGCGCACGACGGGGCGGCUCGACUACGAGGCGGGGCGGCGGACGUACGCGCUGCGCGUGCGCGCGUCCGACUGGGGCCGGCCGUACCGCCGGGAAGCCGAGAUCAACGUGACGGUGCGAGUGCGCGACGUUAACGACCACGCGCCGCGAUUCGAGCGCACCCGCUGCUCCGGAUACGUGCUGCGCUCGGCGCCCCCUGGCGCCGCCGUCGUCGCCAUGACGGCGAUCGACUUCGACGCCGGCGACGCGGUGAGCUACGCCGUCGCCGGCGGCAACGACGACGGGCUGUUUGUCAUCGACGCGCGCACGGGGGUCGUGAGCGUGAACGCGAGCCUGGAGGGGGCGCCGGCGUCGCGGGCGCUGCGCGUGGUCGCGUCGGACGGCGAGCGCGCGUCGGCGGCGGAGACGGUGGAGGUGGCGAUCGUGAGGAGCGACCCGAGCCACGCGCUCGCGGGCGGGCACGCCGCGGUGGCGUGCGACGACGCGGGGGUCCGCGCCGAGCUGACGGCGACGGCGGCGGCCUCGCGCCGCGCCAACGCCCCCGCGCCCGCCGCCGCGCCGCUCCCCGACCGCUACACGAUCAACCGCAACGCGCCCGCGUUCAAAUCCGACGUCAGCUCCAGCGUGUCCGUGUCGGAAGGAGUCGCCGUCGGCGCGAAGAUCAUGGACGUGUCGGCGAUCGACAACGACCUCGGCUACAACGGCAAGCUCGUGUACGCGAUCGCCGCCGGCAACGACGACGGAUGCUUCGACGUCGCCGCGGAGACGGGCAUCCUCGAGGUGCGCGCGCCGCUCGACCGCGAGAGGGCGCCGGCGUACGCGCUCGUCGUCGCCGCGUGCGACCUGGGGUCGCCGGCGCGGUGCGCGCGCGCGGAGAUAGCCGUCGCCGUCAUGGACGUGAACGACAACGCGCCGCGGUUCCGCCGCCGCGUCUACGCGGCCGUCAUCGCCGAGAACGUCGUCAACGGAACUGCCAUCACGCGCGUUGCCGCCGACGACGCGGACGCCGGCAAGAACGCGGACGUCUCGUACUCCUUCCCCGACGAUUCCCCGGAUUUCUCCGUGGACGCGCGCACGGGAGAGGUGCGCGUGAGGCGGCCGCUGGACCGGGAGCGCACGCCGCGAUACGAGCUUCGCGUGCGAGCGACCGACGGCUCGGAGACGAACCCGCUCGCCGGCGAUUCGCUCGUCGUCGUGACGCUGAUCGACGUCAACGACAACGCGCCGCGGUUCGAGCGCGCGGCGUACGCGGCGACGGUGCGCGAGGACGCGCCGCGGGGAGCCGUCGUGACCUCGGCGGUCGCGCGUGACCCCGACGCGGGCGACCACGGCAGCGUGCGAUACUCCCUCGCCGCGUCCCUGCCCGACGCAGCCUCCGCCGCCGACGACUUUGCGAUCGACGCCGAGACCGGGACGAUACGCGUGCGGCGAGCUCUCGAUUUCGAGCGCGCGCAGAUCUACAACCUGACUGCGUGCGCGGCCGACAGGGGGCGCCCGCCGCUGCGCGCUUGCGUCGGGGUCGUCGUCGAGGUCGCCGACGUCAACGAGAACUACCACGCGCCGCGAUUCGACGACUUCGCGCUCGCGGGGUCGGUGCGCGAGAGCGAGCCGGCGGGUACCGUGGUGAUGGUCGUCACGGCGACAGAUGAGGACGCUCCACAUGACAGAAGCGCGGUGGUGUACUCGCUGCGCGACGGCAGCGGACUGGGACGCUUCUCCAUAGACAGCAAAG